GAUAAUGAAGUUCCGUUUUUCACAUCGUACAAAGAACUUUUGAUCUGUUUAUCAUUCUUCAAUCAUUUCUAUCUUAUGCGAUCUUACAUAAUUGAAAGAAAGAAAAGUUCUUGAUGAAAAUUCGAUUAUCGAUUUCACUACGUCGCCUAAUUUCAAGGUAUAAGUCCCUUUCUGCCGGUAGUCCACUUAUUAUACGUUCAAAUGUGAAAAAUAUAUAAAUAUUUUAGAAAACUUUCAUGAAUGUUCAUAUCUUUUAAAAUAUUAAGAGAUGGAUAACACAGAAUUACAAACAGAAAAAACCCAGGCUGAUUUUAUUCGUGAAGAUUUAAAUUUUGAUAUUGAUCCAAAAGAUCCACAAACUAAAGCAGCUUUAUCUGAUCACCCUGUAGAUGAUUGGAUUGAUAUUCUUGGUAAUGGGCAAUUGAAAAAAAAAGUUAUAAAAGAAGGACAGAAUGGAAUGCGACCUAAUAGAGCUGAUUAUUGUACAUUGAAAAUUAUUGGCAAACUCGAAGAUGGUACGAUAGUAGAAGAACAUGAGAAUAUUACUAUACAAUCAGGUGAUGUUGAAAUUAUUCAGGGAUUAGAUUUAGCAGUUGCGCUAAUGAAUGUAGGUGAAAUUGCAGAAGUAGAAGUUGCUUCACGGUUUGCUUAUGGUACUUUAGGAAAAGAACCUAAUAUUCCAUCUAAUGCUACUAUUUGGUAUACUGUUGAAUUAAAAUCAAUUGAAUUUGAAACAGAUAUAGAAAAUCUUAGCAUCAAUCAAAGAAAAGAAAUUGGAAAUAAAAAACGAGAACGAGGUAAUUGGUGGUUCGCACGAGAUGAACCAACAAUUGCAAUUCAAUGCUACAGAAGAGCCCUAGAUUUUUUGUUUCCUUCAAAGAAUUAUUCAAAUUCUUUUGAUGAAGUUGAAGAAUCUGCCACUGAUACGGAAUUGCAGGCUUUAUUAGAGGAUCGUAUGAAAGUAUUUAAUAACUUAACUGCAGCACAAAUAAAAACUCAAGCGUAUGAUGCAGCAUUAAAAAGUGUAGAGAAUGUUUUAACAUGUCAACCAUUAAAUAUAAAAGCAUUAUUUAGAAAAGGGAAAAUUUUGCAUCUUAAAGGAGAACAUUCUUUAGCUUAUAGUACUUUACUUCAGGCUGCAAAGUUACAACCAGAUUCAAAAGCUAUCCAACAGGAAUUAGCAAUUUUAAAAGAAAAAAAUGUGAAGGAUGCACAACAUGAAAAAAAUCUUUAUCGUAAAAUGCUUGGAACACAUAAAAUGAAUAAUACAACCUCUAAAAAUAAUAAUAAAAAUGACACUUCAAAUAAACUUGUUUGGAGUUUAAUUGGUGGGGCUGCUGUUACUGUUGUAGGAGUUCUGAUUUAUAGGUUCACAUCAUGACGGAAGCAUUGGAAAUUGUAUUCAAUAGAAUCGCAUUUAAUAAUGUCUAAACCAAUAAUGAAAUAUAAUGAUGAUACGAGAUAUGAUAUUUUGUUAUAUAAAAAUAUCUUUAUGGACAGAUUAUUUGAAAAUAUCAUAUGACUUCUUUACGGUAGUAACUUAAAACACUAGUGCUUCCUUGUAAGAUUGUUCAUAGCAUUACCAAUAAAGCAUACACCAUUUAAUUAUCUAUAAAAGAUCUAUUAAUUUAAGCAAAAAUAAAAGACAGAUAAAAAAAUGAUUCAAUAUACAAAAUUUAUUAAUUUAUAUAAUACUUUCAUUUAUUGAAAUCAUCUUCCUAUACUGAAUAUUGUUGAAAUAUGAUAAAAGAAAAUAUUUGUAUACGCGUAUGUAUUUAUGUACAAUUAUAUGUUAUAUGCACAAAUA